CCUCGCGAUGCCAAGCUGGUCUCGCUGCUUCUCCAGGCCAUGGAUCUGGACGACUACGAUCCGCGGGUCACCACACAGCUGCUCGAGUUCAUCCAUCGCUACACCCUGGAUAUUCUGGCAGAUGCACAGGUCUUCAGCGACCAUGCCCGGCGAUCCGACAUUGACAAGUCCGAUGUCCAGCUGGCCGUGCAGGGGUUGGUGACCCAUUCAUUCGUCAACCUGCCCUCCCGAGACUUCCUUGCCGAUCUCGCCCGCAAGAAAAACUCGAUCCCUCUGCCCCCUGUUCCUGAAAAGUUUGGCAUCCGUCUGCCCCCCGAAAAGUAUUGCCUGAUUGGAUCCAAGCUGCAGGUC